AUGCGCAUGACACCCCGCGUGACCCUGCGCGCGCUCGCGACCGCGAGCCUGCUUUGGUCCGUGUUCUUCGCGUCGCGGACGGCGGCGACGGCAGCGGCUGCCGCUCCGGCCUGGUGGCGCGCGAGCCACUUGCGCGUCGACGUGGAGUCCAAGAGCGAGCUGGAGCAGCCGAGCGGCGAGCUCUUGGCACAGCUAGCGGUGCUGUUAAUGCCAGACGAGCCCAUCGAGGAGCUCUUCCGACGCUUUCCAACUCCUGAGGGCAGCACAUGGGGACACGAGGCGGGCCGCAGGCUUUGGAUGGCUUUGGCGUACAUGCGCGGCCGUGUUGUGUGGGUAAGGGAGGUCCCUAAAGAUUGCCAGAAUAGUGGCAAAGUCAAAGUCAAUUCAAUUUGGAGACAUUCCAGAAGUUGA